CGAUUCAACGUUCGACGACGACGACGACGACGGACGACAGGAGCAGGAGAAGAAGAUUCCGACUCGCAAUCGAUCGGGAAUCACGGUGGGUCAGAGGGAAGCGUGACGAUUCCAAAGAGUGCAAGGCGGUGUCGGUGCUCGCAUGCCGAUUUGCUAUUAGAUUUUGUACAAUGAGCAGCUGGACAGAAAGAAUGCAUCGACGCGCUGCUACGUUAGGAAAUGUUGUAACCAGCUGCGGACAUCCCUCCUCAGAGCCGCCACACCCAAGACGCUUGGAGAAGGUCAAGUUUGGCGCACCCCUGAACGAAGUGUGCAAGAAUGAUAUUCCUGGUCCGUUGCUGGUCCUUAUAUUGAAACUGAACAAAGAAGCCCCGCUUAGAAAGGAUAUUUUCCGAGCACCUGGUCAUCAGGGCAAUAUGAAGAAACUGGUACACUUCUUGCAAACUGGACACCUGGUCAAUAUGGACAAUUUUAGUGUUUACACAAUAGCUAGCGUUCUAAAGAAAUUUUUGCGAAAGAUACCCGGUGGAAUAUUCGGAAAAGAAGCGGAGCAACAACUGUUUGCCAUAAUUCAGCUAGAUAGCAUAGAACAACAACGGGACCAGAUACACAGAUUAAUCACCUCCAUGCCGAUAUACACGCAACGGUUACUAGUAUUGCUGUUUGGGACAUUCAGGGUAGUAGCGGUAAACUGCGAACGAGCGCACACGGGGAUGACCAGCGAGGCCCUGGGAGUAUCCGUGGCACCUUCGUUCUUUCAUAGCUGCGUCAGUGAUGGCAAGACUGCUAAGAUGGAGGAUGUUCUCAGAUUUAAGAUUGCCACACGCAUUACCAAGUUCAUGAUAGAUAACUUUGGCGUUUCUAAUCUAUUCGGAAGGGACAAUUACGAGUAUUACGCGCGUAUAACCGGCCGAAUAUUGAAAGUGGAAGAAGAUUGGAUCUUCAGUUUUCGAUAUCCGCCAGACACUCUCGUAUCGAGGCAAUUGUCACUGGAAGCUGAGAAGUCAUGGUUGCAAUAUGAGUGUGAAAAAUGGGGAUUGAAAUUUAAUUUAGAAUGUAUGUCUCAUCAUGAAGAAUCGCAGUCAACUCCAGCGUUGAUUCACGUGCCAGAAUCUGUAAAUCUUGCAUCGUCGUUAGGUAUGAUUCCGGAGAAUACUUUACUCGAGAGUUAUACGCGUCUCUCGGUUAGUUUAGAAGAGAACGGUCUGUUUCAGGCGCCCAGUCGCUCGUCCAGCAACGGUAGUCAACAUUCUAAACGCAUGACUGCGGACAUGACAUUGGAAGAGCUUCGGGCGGUGAACCGCUACGCUGAAAGUACCAAGAGUCUCAGUUAUUUGCCACAGGUUCACGAGAGACAAGCCGCACGAAUGCGAACUAGAUCUGAAUGGUUUCUCACGCCCAUGGUGACGACGGACAGCGAUCCUACGGCGAUACAUAUUUUACGUGGUUCUAAUCGGUCUUCCUCCGGCAAUAUUGCCACAGGUUUGAGUGCUAGCGCAGAGUCAGUGAAACGGCCGAGUCUUCGGAGAACUUCUUCCAGGGAGAAACAACGCUGGCACCGUAAUUCGUCUCGUCGCAAUAAGGAAAAUGGCACUAAGGGGACCGGUCGCUCGGCGACAACGGCAGCAGCAGCGGUGGUGACGGAGGCGGCCAAGUCGCGUUCUCUGGAGGCGAUUAAGACCGUGAAGAUUGUGCGCGUGAUGGCGGCAGAUCAGCAACAACAGCCGACGGCCGAGAAGAUGUUGGACAACAGUCACAACGAGAUCUUCGACGAACAUGCAGCCAAGGAAGCGCGCGUACCAUCGCGCACCAGCGGCGACGGUAUCAUCGGACCGCAGGAUUGUACGGAGAUGGACGUGAAAACCUUUCACGUUACUCUGACGUAUAAACCGCGGAUAUGAAUGACCCUUCUUUAUUUUAAUCUUUCGAUGCUUUUAGAAAUAUCGGAACGGUAUUAUCUUUCUCGCGUGAAAUAUGUUUCGCGUUGUUGUUAUCCCAAAUAUUAUACAUAGUCACAAACUCGGACGAUGAUUUUAUUCUAAUCUCGACGUUUAGGAAUAUCAAAUUUGUCGUAUCAUCUCAUUUGCGAAUACACACACACACACACACACACGCGCGCGCGCGCGCGCGCGCGCGACGUUUUUUUUUACUUUAAUACCGAUACUCAGGAGUAUUAAAUUCAGAAUAUCUUUCUCAUGUAGAAAAUUACAUAUAUCAUUACGCACAUAUACAAAGAUCUAUUUUCGCCAUAUUAUAGUUCAAGUACUCGUUUUAAAAGAAUAGAAUUGAAUUCUUUUAUUGUCUUAUCGUGUAACAGGAUGGUCAAUUAAGUUAUACAGGCAAGAGAGGAGCUAUAUGAGAUAUAUACAGAUUUUUUUAUUUUAUUCCGUUAUAUCAGUAUAAUUUCGGUUACUCUCGCGUAAUCGAAAUUAUAGACAGUAUCGUGGCAUUCCAGAUGCAUUUAAUCUUGCCCCGCGGUAUUUUAAUUAAUUUUUCUCGCAUUUGCAUACUCGAUUUCGUUCAAUUAAUCGAGACAUUGCGCAUUUCACGUACGAAUCGUAUCGUCCACCAUUUAUAUUUAUUUCACAUUUUUAGAAAUACGAUUUAGGCACUCGAAACUUUUUCCCAUCGAUCACAUUGUAUGACUAAUAACAUAACGUGUACAGGGUGUUCCACCAUGUGUCCGACUUAUGAAUUCUUUGUGCAAUCUAGACUAGAAUUUCUCUUAAUGGGAAUGCUAGUAUAUUCUCUUGAGCCACGUUUCUGCGAGUUAAAAGCGCGGUUGGACAAUAAGAUCUUAUUCUCUCUGUUAAGAUUCAAAUGGAUCUUUAAUAAAAUAUUAAUUAAGUCUUGGCCAUUGAGAUAAUGUUAAAAAUUAUGGAAGAAUAACAAGAGAAAAUAGCACUCGAUGAAACCUGUUUUUACUUACCAAAGAAUUCAUAAAUAAAAUUUAUUCGACUUGUUGCGCAAGAUGUUCUGUAUAAGAACGAGAGUUCGGUAAAUCUCUCUAAAUAUUUAACAACAAACUUUAGGGCGCAACAUCUGUCGCAAUUAUAAACACACUGUCACAAUUGUUACAUGCCAAAUUAGUAAUAUAUGUAAGCUACACUUAUAAGCCAUCGAUUAUAAAAAUGUUAUUAUCGAAUUAAUAAGACUACGGGAUGAGUCAAAAAUGAAACAUGAAGUAAUUUUCUUUGGGUUCGAAGAUAUUGAAAAAAAAGUAUACAGUUAAUAGAAGUUAAAGAGGAAGAAAAAAUAGUUUAAUUAUACAUUUCUGCCAACCAUGACAUUCGAACCGAACGAAUUUAACAUAAUAUUAAAAAACUCGUUUUAAACUGUCUAACUGUUCUACACAUUUGCUUUUUAUCAUCGAAUUCAAAGGAAAUACUUGAAGCUUGCUUCUCUCGACUCAUCCUGUGAAUAGGAACUGUACCGUAUAUACCUAAGACGCUACUUGAUAUUACUCUCAUUCAGAGCAAACGAUUACGAAACGAGCGAUAUUUAUCAAUAUAAGUAUAUAAGAGAAAAAAAAGAACAACGGCGUACAUAUAACGAUAUUGUUACACAACGAAAGUGUUCCGUAAAUAAAAGUAUAUGUAGCGUAAUCAAUGGAGUUCGUGUGCACGUACACGCGACGAGCCUUCCAAGGGAUUGCGGUUAAUUAAACUGGCCGCGCGUUCGAUCCUAAGGAAGAUAGUAAUCGACAUAGUAAUCGAGUAAUAUUGCGGAGAAAUAUUACGAGAAUUUUAACGAGAGAGACAGAGACAGGUUUGUUUCAAAUCUUUUCUGUUUCUCGCAGAAAUCAUUUUCAAAUCAUCUUAAACCUGCGACAUUGAUAAUUAUUUAUUUAAAAAGAUUGCAAUUAUGUGUUAUGGGUAAAACUAUGGAGAUCUUGCAAUGAACGUAUGAUCUCUAUUAAAAAAGAAAAAAAAA